UUGGUUCGGACUUAUAAAUUAUUAAAAGUGUUUGGAUGUUGAAACUUAUAAUUUAUUUAGUGUUUGGAUAACUUGACUUAUAAGCUAGUAUAGUUCGGUAAUUAUGUAAUAUAAUAUUUUUCCAUUUAAAAAAUAAAUCAUAAUAAUACAAUACCUUAUAUUAUUAAUAGAUGAAAUCUUUUACAAAUUUAAAAUAUAAAACUCAAUAUUAAAAUAAAAAGAAAUAAAACCAUAUGGGCACAAAAGAAAGGAAGCUACAUAAAACUACAGACAGAACUGAAUGGUCUAAUGAUUCACAGGAUAAGUAGAAGUAAAAAAAAACUAGGUUUACUAACUUCUUUUUCGGGCCUCUCAGAGCCCAAUAUAAGCACUUCCACGAAUUUGCCAAACGGUACUGAAAAAAUGGAAGUCCACUUUUACUUCAAAUAAGCUGAGAAGCUUAGUUCCCAAACACCCACAUACUUAGAAGUCGCCGGAGAUAUGUAUCUGACUUCGAAGUAUACGUGCUUUUAGUUUUUCUCAUAUUUAUGUAUUAUUCUCUAUAACUGCACCAUUAUUCUAAUUCUUAAUGUUGUGUAGCCGAGAAUUAUGCAAUGUAAUCCAAAUGGUAGCCGCUUGUUUGGUGUGAACCCGUUGGGUAAUACCUCAACUAGGAAUGAACAGCUCUCAAGACUGGAAAGCUCAAGUAAUUAAACCACCACCUGACAAUCGUUUCAAGACAGAGGAUGUCACUGCUACCAAAGGAAAUGAGUUUGAGGACUAUUUCCUGAAACGAGAGCUGCAUUCUAUAGCCCUUACUGGAAGUAAUAUUCUUGCUAGAGCAAAAAAUGGAACUGGCAAAACUGCCGCAUUCUGCAUUCCUGCACUUGAAAUGAUUGAUCCAGAUAAAAAUGUUAUUAAAGUUGCUAUACUAGUCUCGACUAGGGAGCUAGCCCUUCAGACAUCCCAAGUGUGCAAAGAACUUGGGAAGCUUUUAAAAAUUCAAGUGAUGGUCACUACUGGAGGAACCAGUUUGAAGGAUGAUAUUAUGCGUUUGGAGGUCUUGCAGUUGCUGCAUUUAAAGCAAUUCUUACGAUAAGGAACUCCAUCAGCAGACACCGUCUCAAAGAAAUGAACUGUUGUGUCACAAGCCUUGCAUUUGUCUGUUGUACCACUAAACGCCGCCAUCCUCAGACAAAUCCCUUUUCGAUCCAAGAACUUUCAAACUCAAACCAGAAGAUUAUUUUGAUCUCAACUUAAUUAAGGGGAAAAACAAGACUGCACCAUAAUGUUUUUUUUUUUUUGCAUUUUUUGUAGUCAUCUUUAACCUUUCAUUCCUGCAAUCCAAGGACAUUUCUAUUUUUGGUCUUUCUCUUCAAAAGGAAUGAAGGGUGAGAAAAUAUGUGGGAUAGAGAAUGAGUGUAAAAAUACUGUUAGAAACGCCAGUUUUGUAGGAUAAUAGUUAGUGGUUGAUCUUUUUCUUAA